CACGCUUCUUUGGUCCCGGCCAUCAUUGCCAAGAGCCGAUGGCAGUCGGCGAUGGGUUUCCAAGCUAAGCCACAAGUAUUCUAGAGAGUUUAAGAUGGAGUAUCCUCCUAAGAAUCGAUCGAGACUGUGGCUCCUACAGCCCUAUCGGAAGGUCUUUUUUGUUGCCAACGGGUGGUGGUAUCCCGAACUCUUAACCCGACGGCGAUCCCGAGACCCUCCCGAGAAGGUUGAGCUCACUUUGGUAUGUUUCGCGAAAGGAGGUCAGAAUAAAAUUCUGGAAUACUUCACUAAAGAGGAAAUGAAGUUUAUAUGGGAUAAUGGUGACAAGAUACGGAAUAUGUUCGAUGAACAGGAAAAGAUACGGGAGGGUCUAGAAGAGCGCGAUAGAAACCGAGAACAUGAGUGCAGAUGACACGUUUCUGG